UCAUUUCAAAGCAGCUAUACAGAAAAUCAUGAUGUUAACGAUCAUAAUAUCUUCUAGCAGAUAUACUAUCGCUUUUCACUGUAUCGUUCGACAAUGACUACAUUUCCCAGCCUGCUCCGCGCGAAAGCGACUACAUUUCCCAGCAUGCACCGCGCCAGACACUUCCUCGACUCGUUCAGCCAGUCGAGUUUAGUGAGUUUCGCGCUCUGUCACGUUAUAAGGUCGUUUCAAAGCGACAGUUUAAUCGGAAACAUAACUUUUAAAGGCAGAGCUGCAGAAGCUACAGACUUCGAUGAGUUCCUGAAACACACAGAAUGACUGAAGCAUUUGCAGGUGAGCAGCACACGCGCGUUCACGCGGACCGGUCCCCCGGGUUCCUGGAGCGUCUGAGCGCGAGCACCGGCGGCGUGAUCGCGGGCGUCUGUCUGUUCGCGCUGUCCUUAUACGUGCUCUUCACGAACGAGGGACGCGCUCUGCGCACGGCCACGUCUCUGGAUGAGGGUCUCAAUCAGGUCGUGUCUCUUCACCCGGACGUGACGCUGGACCCUCAGAAUGACGGUCGUCUGGUUCACCUGUCCGCGCCGCUGCGGACCGCGCAGCCGCUGUACGAUCCGAACUACGGCGUGUCGGUGCAGGCGGUGAAGCUGCAGAGGAGGGUGGAGAUGUACCAGUGGGUGGAGUACAGCGAGAGCAGGGACUACGAGGAGAACGGAGAGAAGAAGACGGAAACCACGUACUCGUACAACACCGAGUGGAGGUCAGAGGUCAUCAGCAGCAGGCACUUCGAUCAGGAGGUCGGUCACAUCAACCCCAGUGCGAUGGCGGUGGAGAGCGUGACGGUCGCGGCGCCGGAUGUUUGGGUCGGGAGGCUCUUCCUGUCUGAAGGGCUGCUGCAGCAGAUCAGCGACUUCCACACGCUCAGCCUCCAAGCACUUCCUCUUCCUGUUACCAACUCCUUCCUGACGGUGUACGACGAUUACUUCUACCACACGGCAAACCCUCGACGCCCGGAGGUCGGAGAUGUGCGUGUUCGUUUCGCUUACGCCGGUCUGAGCGGUGACGGAGUCUAUCCUGGCCCCGCCCACAAGGUGAGUGUGGCGGCGAUGCAGCGGGGCGAUCAGCUCAAGCCCUUCAGGACGCGCUCCGGAGACGUGCUGGAGAUCCUGUACAUGGGCGAUCUGACCGCAGAGGAGCUGUUCGCUCGAGAGCAUCAGCUCAACAACAUGAAGACCUGGGCUCUGAGGCUCGGCGGCUGGGCCCUCAUGUUCCUGAGCGUCAGUCUGAGCACACGGGUCAUAUACACACUGGUGGACUGGGUUCCUGUGCUGAGGGAGCUGGUGUCUGUGGGGCUGAGGAUCUUCGCGCUCUGUGUCUCGUGUUCGCUGUCGCUGCUCACCAUCGCCGCCGGAUGGAUCUUCUAUCGGCCUCUGCUGGGUGGGAUGAUUGCGCUGCUCGCGCUCCUUCCGCUUCUCCUCGCACACGCUAGAGCCCCGUCCAAGAAGAACCAAUGACUCGUUUGACGUCUCACGCAAAACCUCCUGCAGCUGUGAGCGUCUCUGCAUUACACCGAGAAGAGCUAUUCACCUCCAGAGCUUCCUCUGGGCUUCUCAGUUCAGUCCGCAGUAAACACAACUCCACAAUCAUCUCUGGUGUACACAUUCACAACCCAGAUGCUCUUAUAUAGUUAUUACAAACAUGUCUUUAAACAUCAGCCGCUUCAAAAUUCAAGUUUUCAGUACGGAUGUAAUUUAUAUCAUCGAAGUCAAGUUAUGUUUACCACAGAGCUUAUUUUACACUUAAAGUCUUGUUUUCCAGUCUAAACAUUUCUAAAUCAAGACAUAUUCACAGUGACUUACGAUAUUAAGUCCUGUUUUCUGGGAAAAAUAAGUGAAAUCCUCUGAAAAAUAGACUUAAGUUUAAUAGAUUAGGUUUUAGAUUAGAAGAAGAAUAAAUGUCAAUUUAGUUUUCCAGUUGAAUUAAGAUGUUGUCAGAUAUUGGCUUUCAAAUAAUAAUAUUGAUUCAAAUAAUUAGGAAGUGCCUAAAUAACAAUCGUUCAGCCUUACAGUAUAAACACCAUAACAUAAAUUGUUAUAAUUCAUCCAUUACAUUUCAUAUUUCAUUCCCGCAAGAACCUUAGUGGUCGAUCUGUGGAGUUUUGUAAUGCUGGCCAAUAAACGAUGAGUGAAACUUC